AUGAAUUUUCUUAUCACGUACUUAUUUCUCUCUAUUGGUGUUUUAAUGGCUCAAGAUGAAUUUAAUACAAAUGUCAGUAUUAACAGUGCAGUAGUAAUACGUUCACGAUCAAUGUCUGUCGAUUUCUGGACACCAGAAAGAAUGAAAGCAGCCAAAGAACCCGUUGUUAUUUUACCGCCCAAUGGUAAAAAUACUAGUCGAUCCUUUUCGAUCUCGAAUAAUGGUCCGCAAGCUACAAUUCUUGGUCGAACUCCUGCUGCUACCAGUCCACUAGGAAGAGCUCUCAAUGUUCGUGGUCGUUACGUAGCUACUACUGGCCGAGUAUUUUGGUCAUGUAGUGUCAAUAUUAUGAGCUAUUGUUCUGCGAGUGUGGUAGCAUCGACUAGUGGUGAUGUUAUUGUGACUGCCGGUCAUUGUGUGUAUGAUACCAGUACAUUACAAUGGUUAACUAAUUGUAAUUGGAUUUUUGUACCAGCCUAUUAUAAUGGCACUGCUCCUUAUGGUAAAUGGCCUGCUCGAGAAGUAGCAGCUUUGACUUCGUGGACUCAAUCAAGUCCAAACUAUAAUAACGACGUAGGAUUUGUUGCUUUGUCAUUGCUCAAUGGAAGACAUAUUACAGAACUUACUGGAAGUCAAUCAGUAGGUUUUAAUUAUCCUCGAAAUCAACCAACUUACUCUUUCGGAUAUCCACUUAAUCUUGAUCAAGGAGAAAUUCUCCAGGUUUGUACCGGCAUACCAGGUGUCUCUAAAUACACAACGAAUGGUUACGCUGGACAAGGUUUAUCUAAUUGUUAUAUGACAGGUGGUUGUUCAGGUGGUCCAUGGUUACAACAGUUCGAUGAAUCAACUGGAAUUGGAGUAACUUAUUCAGUGAAUAGUUUUACCUAUUCUUUAGCACCGAAUACAAUAAACGGACCUGUGUUUGACUCAAAUAUUCAAUCACUUUGGAAUUACAUAACGGCUCGUUAA